AUGGUACCUUCAGCAUCCGGUGAGUUUUUAGCAGAGCUGGAGUUCACCAAAGUUGAGUUUUUGCAGGUAAUGAAAGAUAGUAAAGCCAAGGGAAUUAAGAUGGACACAAGAGACUAUAGCACUGGACCACAAAAUGUGAACAGCAUGCAGCAAAGCAAAAAGAGAUGCAUAUACAUCACCAGCUUGGUGUCACAUAAAGGACAGUGACUGAGCUUAAUCUGUACUUUGUGGCAUAAGAAAGAAGCAGAGGGGUUUAUGUUGGUUUUGUGCAAAGACAAGUUCUGGGCCUAUUCACCUGAAACCAGCGUGAAAUAGCUGAGGCUUAAAAGGGAUCCUGGGACAGAUGGUGACAGCGAAAAAAUCAUCUCAAUUGGUGCUCACAACAAACAAACUAUCAUCACAGCCUGUGUUUCUGUGAAUAAGCCGGUCACUUACGACAGGUGCGGGACAGACAUGGUGAUGGGAGUGAAACAAAGUCAACACUCUGAGUUUAGCCUCAGUGAAAGCCUUCUCAGUUCAGGCUUCCCACAUAAAGUCAUGAUGAUGCUGGUCAUCAACUUGGUUUCCUUUCAAUGUAUGUCACAAGAACCUUAG